CCAAGUAGUCAGUGUGGAUGUUGGGAAGACAGUAAACAUUACCCUGUAGGCUCGGAGUUCUGGACUGAUGAUACCUGUUCCACUAAAUGCAGAUGUCCCUCUGCUGGUGGUAGUUUAGUGUGCAAUUCUGCUUCAUGUGCACCUGGCAAAUACUGUGGUGUAACAAAUGGGGUUCUUGACUGCUUUGAUCUCACAUUUGGUAACUGUGUAACUUGGGGGGAUCCUCAUUACCACACCUUUGAUAAAGAAGUUCAUCACUUCAUGGGAAUAUGCACAUAUACUCUCUCCAAGCUUUGUACCAAUGCCACGUCUCUGCCAUAUUUUAAUAUUGAGGCAAAGAAUGAACAUCGUUAUGGGAAUCCAACUGUAUCAUAUAUUCAGAAAGUUAUGGUGGAUGUCUAUGAUCACAAAAUAACCAUUGUUAAAAAUGAGCCUAGUCGAGUUUUGGUGGAUGGUAUCUGGACAAAUCUUCCAGUUAUUUUGGCCAAUGAGUCUCUGACAGUGAAGCAAAGUGGUCGAUAUGUUAUUCUGGAGACUGAAUUCCAUCUCAUAGUCUCUUAUGACACUGACCAUACAGUGGAUGUGAAGAUCGCAACUACAUAUUUUAAUCAAACCUGCGGAAUGUGUGGCAACUUUAAUGGCAUCCAACAUGAUGACUUUAUGAUGCCCAAUAAACAGCUGGCUCAGAACUCAAAUCAGCUGGGAGACAGCUGGAUGGUGGAAUAUGAGGAUCCAUUAUGUAAUACAAUUGUUCCUACACCUCCACCACCAUGUCCACCAGAGACAGAGGAACUCUAUUCAAACAAUCAGUUCUGUGGUUUGUUAACCAGCAAAGAUGGUCCUUUCAAGGCUUGUCACCCAGUAAUCAGCCCACAGCACUUCUUUGACAGUUGUAUAUUUGAUCUAUGUGCACUUGGUGCUGGCAGUUUAUGUAAAGCAUUGGAAGCUUAUGCUGAUACCUGUCAAAGAGCAGGAGUCACCCUUGCUUGGAGAAACUCCACAUUCUGUCCCAUCCCAUGUCCUGCCAACAGUCACUACAAUCCUUGUACCAGUGCUUGUCCAGCCACAUGCUUGGACCAGAGUGCUCCGAGUGACUGCAAUAAGCCUUGUACUGAUGCUUGUGAAUGUGAUAAUGGCUUUGUGCUCAGUGGACACGUUUGUGUUCCUGUCAGUGAAUGUGGAUGUUUUUACAAUGGUAAAUACUAUCAGGUGAGUUUUGCCAUGUUUAAUUAUCCUUUGAAUAAUGUUAUUGGGUUUUUAGAAAUAGUAUAUUGGAAAACAGUAAAUUAGAAGAAUACAUUAAAACAGAAACAAUAAGCAUGGAAACCCUGCAAGUAGAAAAUAGCAUCCUCUUACCUCUAAAAGGUGCAGCUGCAGGCAUCAUCCUGACUACUUCUACGACAACUACCACAAGACCUAUUACUCCAGGCCCACUGCCACCAGGAUCCUGUGAGAUUAGUGGCGAUCCUCAUUACUACACCUUUGACAAUCAGGUGCACCAUUUUAUGGGCACUUGCAUCUAUACAUUAUCUAAACUCUGUGAAGUUGAUGGACACCUGACAGAAUUCAAUGUUGAAGCAGCCAAUGAGCACAGAGGAGGCAAUACCAGGGUGUCUUAUAUCAGUUAUGUCAACACUGAUAUAAAUGGAUACAGGAUUACACUGGAGAAGAACAGAAAUGUCAAAGUAAACAAAAUUGCAGUAACCUUACCAGUAGCUCUACAUCCAAACAUUAACAUCUUCCUUAGUGGACAUGAUGUACUGGUGACAACAGCUUUUGGUGUAAGUGUGCGGUUUGAUGGAAACCAUAGAGUGGUGGUGAAUAUUCCUGGGGAAUAUGCCAACAAAGUAUGUGGAAUAUGUGGAAAUUUCAAUGGAAACCAAACUGAUGACUUCUUAAACCCAGAUGGAGAAUUAGAGCCAGACUCUAACAGUCUUGGUAACAGCUGGCAGGUGGACAAUGACACAAGUUGUAGAUCUGAAUCUGAACAUGAACCAAGCUGUACUGUUGAUGAAAAGAAUACCAUUUCCAGCAUCAGUUUCUGCGGAAUGAUAACUGAUAAGGAGGGUCCAUUCAGUGACUGCCAUGGUGUUGUAAACCCAGUGAUCUAUUUCGACAACUGUGUCUAUGACUUGUGUGAACUAAACCUAGAUCCAAGGGCCUUGUGUGAUAGUCUUCAGUCCUAUGCACAGUCCUGCCAGUCUCAUGGAAUAACACUAGGUCCCUGGAGGAAUGCCUCUUUCUGCCCUCUGAAGUGUCCACAAAACAGCCAUUUUGAGGUCUGUGGAACAGCCUGUCCAUCUACUUGUGUCAAUCCAGGUUCAUCAAUAAACUGUCAUCUCCCCUGUACAGAAUCCUGUGUCUGUGAUCCUGGCUAUGUCCUGUAUGAUAAGAGAUGUGUCCAAAGCCACCAAUGUGGAUGCUGGGAUAAUGACAAGCAUUAUCCUGUUGGCUCAGAGUUCUGG